GUGAGUAUAAAGUAGGGCCAUGUCAUAAGAAUGAAUUGUUUUUAGAUUAGGGAUAUGAUUAAGUGAGCUUAAAAUCUCCAUUCAUAUGUAUUGACCAUUUUGUGAAUGCCAAGGAGGCAGGAGAUCUGCAGGAUCCAGGCCAGGGAAGUGGACUCAUUUGAGUGUGUAGUUUCAAACCUAUGCAUUUUUAGAGUGAGAUUGUGAAAUACAUUGUGAUUCCUGUCCAUUGAACUGUAAGGUCUACGUAGGUAAUUUUGGAAACAAUGGCAACUAAACUGAAUUGGAACGGAUAUUAUGGCUCACUCCAAAGUGUCUGGGUUGCUAGAAACUCUCCCACCUUUGCUUGGUUGAAAUUUUUUUCCUAUAGGUUCAUCAGUCCUGCUGUUCGGGAGCUCGGUGGAACACGUGGCUGCCGUGUAAGAGCAGAGCUGGGCAAUGGUGCAAAAAGAAGUCGGAAUCGUCGUUCACCUCCUUCUCAGGGUCAUCAUCAGAAAAGGUCCUCCACUUGCUGCAGAUCUCCCAGGAGGAGAAGCUUCUCCGGCAGCUGGACCAGGCCCCUUUCUAGAGACGGGGAAGAGAGAUCACAGUCGGGGGAGAAAUCACCAGGCGUCCGGAACCUUUUCUAG